CCCAUAUGUAGCUCGUGGAAUAUCCGUUUCACACUGAUGAUGGACGCUAGGCAUUCUUUUUUUUGCGACACUGCUUAAUUGAAACUCUCGUUCGUCCAUCCAAAGGUGCAGCUUUGGAAUAAUGCACUAGGCUGCAUCUGGAAACAGCCUGGUGUGCCGCUAUUCACACCACAGAGUGACGGAAUAGCGACUUCUCUUUGCUCGGGAAUCAUCAUCACUUUGAGAAUUUAGGCAUAGAAAGAUCCUUGGGUUCUUUUUAUCAUGUGAACUUGAACAGCAUUUUUAGUUGUUCACUCAUAUUGGAUGCGUGACCAUCGGAAGUCAUGAAUCCAUUCUUCGAAAAGGCCCUCACAAUCGUGGCCUACGUUGGACAAAUCCUAAAACUUCUUCUCAGCUGGAUACUCUAUCCUUUCACGCCGAUAUUGUACUUCCUAUACCUUUUGCUGCUCCCUUUCAUCCAUUUUUGCCAGGCAAUAUGGGCUAUAGUCUUGUACCCCGCUCAAUGUUUUCCAGGUAGUCUUGUUGAGACGAUUUAUAUCUACUUGUCUACUGCAGCUCUUAUCGGUCUUUUUGCUGGUUCUAUAUUACUGUUUGUUCAUCAAGGGUUUAUUUCAGUUCUCAAACUCAACCACUCGCCACCUCCGCCGGAGCCAGCGAAGAGGACAAUGGCUGAUCACCGCGCUCGACGGAAAGAACGCAAGGAGAAAAUCAAGCGCACACCACUCACCCAUGUGGAUGAUCUCGGCUAUGUGUCACCCAAAUCUGCUGGAAUCUCUUCCGGUCACAUGUCGCCUCUUGCCUCGCCAGCAAUUCCGGACUCUCAGCUGAAAUGGGCGCGGCGAAGUUUGAUUACCAGCCCUUCAAUUAUACUUGAAGAAGGAAGCAGUGAUGACUACUUCUGAUUCUACACGCGAAAGGUUUUCGGGUGUUGAGGUUAUGUGCAGAUGGUUAUUUAUCACAGCGUCCCAUCAACACACAAGUCCAUUCACAUUUUCGCCUAGCUACAAGAGUGUGUCCACAAUAGCUUCGGGUCUGCUUAAUACGUUUAGCAAUUAUUACUCCAAUUCUCUUUUAUGUGAAGACCUUGAUCGCUAGGUUAAGCAGGAAACACGACUUGGGCAAACUAGAUCUGUAAAGUAUUGCAAAUAUAAUGAACUGACGACUCCUUAACAUGCCUGGGGCGCCGACAAGAGUGCCUUUUUGAUAGAGGAAUGUCGUCCUGAUUGUCUGUUCUGAAUCAGGAGCCACCUCUUUCCUUGUUCAGCCAAGGUCAACGGUACUUAAGCCUCAAGUAGUGCAGAGGUUUGUACCACAUGUUUUCCAGUGCUUUUGUCUGACACGACAUUGUCGAAAAUACAUCAGUUUACCAAAUAGUGCC